AUGGAAAAAGCCGAAGUCGCGGCACCUGUGCGUCGAGAUUACCUUUUGUUCGGCGAAGUACGUGGCUACGAUCAGCUGAUUGGUGAAUACCCAUGGUAUACUUAUUGUCCCAGGAACAUACGACCGUAUCAGUGUUUAAACUGCCCCAACAAUUAUACGAAGAAAUGCCAUCUGAAGCGUCACGUAAUAAGUGCCUGCAACGGCAAGGAGCCUCGUUACAAAUGUCCUUACUGCAUGUACAUAUCGCGAUAUGCUUCGGACACUUACAAGCACGUGAAACGUCUGCACGAGAAUCGGGACGUUUUUGCCAUCGAUGUGUUGCGUACGAGGAGCUACUACUGCAAGGAUAAUUUGGCGCAGAGUGACGGGACCUCGACAGACUCGCUGCCAAAAGUAAACGAAUGGUCGCAGAAUAUCUCGCUGUUACUAGGACAUUCACAUCAUCAUUCGUUUAUGUUACCAGCUUUGAAUGCAUAUCAACAAGCAGUUCAGGAAUACUCGUCAAGGAAACAAAAGAAUUCGUUGGACGUUAAUGCGAGGUCCGCGUGUCCGAAGUGUCAUAAGAGCUAUCGUCAUGCGCAUCACAUGUUGCGACAUUGUAGAUUCGAAUGCGGCUUUCCGCCGAGGUUUCAGUGUCCCUACUGUGGCAUGAAGAGCAAGCAGUCUAACAAUGUCUACAAGCAUAUACGCGUCAAGCAUCCCGGAUCGAAACUUGAAAUAGUUAGACUUCCUUACAUUCAGGAAUAA